AAGUAUUAGUCAUUGUUUUAUUAUAAUUUAAUAUUAUUACUGAUUAAUAUAAGGAUGUCGGGAAACCUUGAACUUUUUACCACUCGAAUGAGGAAAGCAACACGAAAGAUCCACUCUGUGAGCGAUGCCUUGGUCAACGCUAAGUUCGCAAUUUCUCUGCGGGAUGAGGCAGUUUGGGGCGGAGGGCUGUUUGUGUUUUACUACAUCUUUGCUUUCCUAGAAGAUGCCAAGGAAAGGCUGAACAUGCCUGAUUAUAACAAGCUCUUUGUACACAAAACUCUUUACAGAAAAGCUGCAUUUGAAGCAGAUCUAGCACACUACCUCGGUGAAGACUGGCAAUCCACACCUCGCUCGACAGCGCUGGAGAGCUACCUGGAGCACCUGCAAGAGCUGGAGAAGGAGAACCCACAGCUGCUGAUGGCGUACGUGUACCACCUGUAUCUGGGGCUGCUGAGCGGCGGACAGAUACUGGCUAAGAAGCGCAAGAUGUUCGGAGACAAAACCAACUCUGAAGUGUACACCGACCAAGUGACCGACUUCACCGACAUCGACAUUCCCAAGCUGAAGAACGAGUUCCGCGCCGCCAUGAACGAGAUCGCCGCCACGAUGACCCCGGAGGAACAGCAGGCUUUCCUGGACGAAAGCUGCCAAGUCUUCCUCAUGAACAACUUGAUCGUUAGCUCGGUUGCUGGACAGAAUCAGGUUCUCCGAGUCAUGUUAUUCAAGGCUUCCGCUGUGUUUUUAGUGAUUUUUGGUGCAGUGCUAGCUUAUAAAAUGCAUAAGUAAGGAUUAAUUGUAGUUUUCAUGUAAUGGAUAGUGUAUGAUUAUUUUUAUAGAUUAGAAUGUGAUAUUAUUAUGUAGAUUUCUUAUUUGAAGACUGAUUGUUUAAUGAGUAAAUUGAAUUUCAUUUA